AUGCGCCCACUCACACGGCUCCAACCGCGUCUUUGCACGGGGUUUAUUACUCGGUGGAAUCUACGACAGCCACAACGAGCUCAGUGGCUGUCAACCACUGUAAAGCGCAAUUGCUCUUGUGCUGAAGCAGCCAACAACCCAAGCGGAGCUCCAACACUACCAGCCAACGACCAUCGAGCUUUGGGUAUAUCCCAGGAGCUAUUUACUUCGUCUAUAUACAGUCCUGGAUCUCCUCUUUUCCUGCCAAAUGGCACACAUGUCAUAAAUAAACUCAUUUCCUUCCUCCGCACCCAAUACCUUCAGUACGGUUUCCGCGAGGUCCUAACCCCGACCAUCUACAAAAAGUCACUAUGGGAGAUAUCUGGCCAUUGGCAAAACUACAAAGAUGACAUGUACGAGGUCACUGGUCGGGGUGCUACCGGUGAGACAGACGGAGAAGUCGGCGAAGACGAGUCAUAUGGCCUGAAGCCAAUGAACUGUCCAGGCCACUGCCUACUGUACAAGUCGCAAAAAUACUCAUACCGCGAUCUGCCUGUGCGAUAUGCCGACUUCAGCCCACUUCAUCGGAACGAAGUCUCUGGGUCGCUCACAGGUCUGACCCGCGUGCGUCGAUUCCACCAGGAUGACGGCCACAUCUUCUGCCGGCCACAGCAGAUCAAGUCGGAGAUUGCUUCAGCUUUGGGAUUUGUGGAUAUGGCUAUGAAGACAUUCGGACUAGGCCCGGCUCGACUGGUUCUCUCGACUCGACCGGAGACAGACUACAUUGGAACCUUAGAAAUGUGGGAGAAUGCAGAGAACCAGUUGCGGCAAGCAUUGGACAGCACUGGGCGCGAAUGGGCUUUAAAUGAUGGUGAUGGUGCUUUCUAUGGACCAAAAAUUGAUAUUCAGCUUCAAGAUCAGGCUGGCAAAUUUCACCAACUCUCGACAAUUCAACUGGAUAUGAACCUUCCUCAACGGUUUGGACUCGAGUACCAAGUCGCCGAGGGUGAAGAGGACUAUAAUCCAACUACUCCCGGAGUAGCUACCCCCGUCAUGAUACACCGUGCCAUCUUCGGCUCCCUUGAGCGGUUUUUGGCACUUCUCAUUGAGCACCAAGGAGGACAUUGGCCAUUUUGGCUGUCUCCGCGACAGGCUAUCAUCUUGACUGUCAACCAGGACGAAGCGGUCAUUCACCAAGCGCAAAAAGCAGCGGCUGACUUUGCCGGAUUCCGUGCUUUUGCUCAUGAUAGUACAUCGGAGUCGCCGCGCCCGCUUUCAUCGGUUGAUUCCACUUUCCUCGUUGACGUUGACACCAGCGCUCAAACCCUUAGCAAGAAGAUCCAGCGUGCCAAACAGAUGAAGUAUAAUUUGAUAUUCAUUCUAGGCUCUCGGGAUAAUAAGACAGAUGCGUACGUGAAAGAGUUCCAUACUCUCAUUCAAAACCAGCUGGGUGACGACGCCAAGAAAAAUCCACGAGCUGUCAAACUCAAGCUGGACCAAGUCCAUCCACUGUUGGUGCAGUUUGAGAAGAACUUCAUAUAA